AUGAAUAGUGAGGAUUCAUGGGAAGAAUUGUCUGAUGGUCUGUAUGGUCAUAUUGAUUUUGUGCAGUUGCUGUAUCAGAAUUCUGCACAUUCUGCACUUUCUGUCAUUACUCAUUAUUUCCUUGCUGUUUAUACCAGUAAAUUUUGCUGUAUUGAUUUUGCUUUUGAGAAUGGGGCCUCUGGAGACACAAUUCGAUGUCCAUGCCCCAAAUGUGGGUUUGUGAAAUGGCAAGCUAGAGGCAUAGUUGAGGAGCACUUGAUUUUAAAACAAUUUCCCAUAAAUUAUGUUAUUUGGAAUCUUCAUGGUGAGAGGCAAAGACAAGAUAUUUCUAGAAAUGAAGAUGAGUCACAAGAGACAUUUCAUUUUGAAAAUCCAAUGGAAACAAUGAUAAAUGAAGCAUUUGGACAUUAUAGGCAAGAAGGUACUAAUAUAGGCAGAUCACAACCAUUGGGUGAAGAUGAUGUUAUUAAUGAAAGGCCAAGGGAGAAUCAUAAUGAAUUUAAUGAGUUUCUCAAUGACGGAAAUCAAAUAUUGUGUGACGGGAGCAAGUACACAAAAUUAGAGUUUGUAAUCAAAUUAUAUCAUAUCAAGGUUUUGUGUGGAUUAAGUGACAAGGCAAUGACUAUGAUCCUAGAUUUGCUAAGAGAUGCAUUUAGUGAAGCAAAGUUGCCUCUUUCUUUUUAUGAGGCUAAGAAAAUCAUCAACAAACUUGGUCUUAACUAUACCAAAAUAGAUGCAUGUCCAAAUCAUUGUAUGUUAUAUUUAAGAGAUGAUGAAAAGGAUUUGCAAACAUGCAAACAUUGUGGUACAUCUAGAUGGAACCCAAAGAAGAAAAAAAAGCAACCUGCAAAAGUUUUACGUUACUUUCCUUUGAAACCAAGAUUGCAAAGAUUGUUUAUGUGCUCUAAGACUGCAGAGCAUAUGAGAUGGCAUUCUUCAGAGAACAAGGAUGGAGUUAUAAGGCAUCCAAGGGAUGGUGAGGCAUGGAAGACAUUUAGUGUAAUGCAUCCUGAAUUUGCUUUAGAUCCUCGAAAUGUUCGCUUAGGCCUUGCUAGUGAUGGUUUUAAUCCUUUUGGCACUAUGAGUUCUACUUAUAGUAUUUGGCCAGUGUUUUUAAUUCCAUACAAUCUUCCACCUUGGCUUUGUAUGAAGCACACUUCAUUGAUCCUACCCAUGAUCAUUCCAGGUAAGCAGAUGCCUGGAAAUAGUAUUGAUGUGUACUUACAACCCCUUGUGGAUGAGUUACGUGAGCUAUGGAAUGAUGGGGUGGAGACCUUUGAUUCUUCAUUGAAUGAAACUUUUAGAAUGCGAGCAGCUCUUAUGUGGACAAUUAGUGACUUUCCUGGCCUUGGUAUUUUAUCUGGUUGGAACACACACACAGGUUUAGCUUGCCCUACUUGUAACUUUGAUGCAGAACCUUGUCGUCUUCCUCAUAGUAGGAAGUGGUGUUUUAUGGGACAUCGUCGCUUUUUAAGUAGAAACCAUAAAUUUAGAUUGAAUCGUGUUCGCUUUGAUGGAAGCACUGAAGAACGAAAUCCACCACUAAAAUUGUCAGGAUCUGACAUUUUUAGGCAAGUGGAAAAUAUUAAUGUUACAUUUGGGAGAGGAAUUCAUUUGGAUGGUAAAGGAAAAAGAUACAGACAAGAAGUUAAACAGUGGAAUAAAAGAAGCAUUUUUUUUGAACUUCCAUAUUGGGAGUCUAAUUUGUUACGUCACAAUUUAGACUUCAUGCACAUUGAAAAGAAUGUAUUUGACAAUUUAAUCUAUACUUUGUUGAAUGAAAAGCCUAAAUCCAAAGACAAUCUUAAUGCAAGGAAAGAUUUGAAGGAAAUGGGCAUAAGACAGGAUCUUUGGCCAGAUGAUAAUGGAAGAUACCACCUUGCUUUGUUUUCACUAACUCGUGAUACCAAAAGGUUGUUCCUCAAAACUUUGAAAAAUGUUUUAGUACCUGAUGGUUACUCAAGUAACAUUUCUAGAUGUGUUGAUGAUGUUCAACAUAAAAUAUCAGGACUAAAAAGUCACGAUUGCUAUAUUAUAAUGGAGCAAUUACUUCCGUUGGCAAUACGUAAUUUGUUACCAAACCAUGUCACUGCAACCUUGGUGGAGUUUUGCUCAUUUUUUAAGGCCCUUUGUAGUAAAAGCUUAAAUCUUGAAGACCUUGAAAUGCUUCAAAAUUGUAUUGUGGUUACACUUUGCCACUUAGAAAUGUUAUUCCCACCAUCAUUCUUCACAGUUAUGGAUCAUUUAACUGUUCAUUUGGUAGAGGAAGCAAAGCUUGGAGGUCCAGUUCAUUAUCGAUAUAUGUAUCCUAUAGAAAGGGAGUUAGGUCAUUUAAAGACCUUUGUACGAAACAAGGCACAACCAGAAGGUUCUAUAGCUGAGGGAUACUUAGCUGAAGAGUCUCUUACUUUUUGUUCUAGAUACAUUGAAGAUAUAGAGACAAGGUUCAAUAGACAACGACGUGUUUGUGAUAACCCAAAUGAUAAUGAGUGUUUUGUGUCAUCUAUAUUCCCACUAGGUGGGAAGAUUAUGAAUCCAGAAACAAUAAAUUCAAUGUCUACUGACUUGAAGUUUCUAGCACGAGGUCCAUUGGAUAAUGCUAGAAGAUUUACUGCUUACAACAUCAAUGGGUUCAAAUUUCGAACAUUGACUCGUGAUGAGGGAUUGAGAACACAAAAUAGUGGUGUCUUUUUAACAUCUAAUACAGCUUGUGUUUCAAGUACUGUUGAUAGGAACUUAAGGCAAGCAGACUUAUCCUAUUAUGGAAAGUUGGAGGAUAUUAUUGAGCUUAAUUAUUAUGGUCGAUUCAAAGUUGUUCUUUUCAAGUGUAAGUGGGUAGAUACUACAAGAGAGAGAGGAUAUAAAAAGGAUCAAUGGAAUUUUAAUUGUGUUAACUUUGAUAGACUUAUUCAUAUUGGAAACCGUGAAGAACAUGAACCUUAUAUUGAGGCAUCUCAAGCACAAAUUGUAUAUUAUGUUGAUGAUGUGGUUAAUGAAGGAUGGAGUGUUGCUGUGCAUUUAAAGCCAAGAGAUUUGUAUGAAAUGGGAGAAGAGGGAACAUAUAGCACCCAGAUCUUCUCAUUGGCUGUCCUUUUGUCUAGCAUGUUUAUUUAUAACCAGAUGGGUGGUAUCGAUGAGGCUGCUCUUGAUGGACUUUCUCUUGUCACUCAGAUGACAAAGCACAUUCGUGUUAGAGCAUCUGGAGGGAGGAGUUCGGUGUCUGAACUGGGUCAAUUUUCCCCUAUUUUUGUCUGGCUUCUUAGAGACUUUUAUUUGGACCUAGUAGAAGAUAACAGAAAAAUAACACCCCCUGACUAUCUGGAAAUUGCUUUGAGGCCUGUCCAAGGGAGUGGAAGAGAUAUAACUGCCAAGAAUGAGGAAUUAUUAAUGACUUACAAGGCUUACCUGUCUGAACAUGAUCCUUAA